AUGCGAGGCGCAGCCGAGUUUGGAUAUGCCCAGCUGCUCUGUACUGUACAGAGCUACACAGCCGCAGUCAGGCUGGGGAUUCCCACUCGCGAGUCGCGGUAUAUAUACUUGCGAGGCUCUGGUCUCAGUUCAACCAUUCCCUCUUAUCGGCUUGUCGGUCAUAUACAGACCUACUUCACUGCUAACCAAUAUCGCAAGAUGUUUUCCAUUGUGAUUGUACUAGCAACUGCUGCUACAGCUGCAUUUGGUCAAGGCACUUGUCCUCCAAGUUAUCCUCACUGCAGAUUGCAAAUGCAGAAUUGGCACCUCGGCCUGGACAGUGUCCGUCCCAGUGGUACCAUCGUCCACGGACACGCCAACACGCCAGUCUCACAGGCAGGACUGCAGGGGUCUGCACACGGGUCUCACGUGUUCGGCGGUCCUUACAACGGUGCGUCAACUGUCGGGGGUGGUGUCAACUACCAGCACCCAAGCGGCCUCCAGGGCGGCCUGGACGUCACUCACUCCAGAGGACAAGGGAACGUCGUCACAGGCAGUGUGGGUGGCAGCACCAAGCUCGGCCCCGGCACCCUGUCUAUCCAUGGGGCAGCCAACACCAUCCCUCACUCCAGCAAGGUGCAAGGCAGUGUGGGAGCCACCUACUCUGUACCUCUGCCUUGAACAUGUUACCAGUUUAAUAUUUAACCUGAUAUUUAGGUUUUAAACUCUUAUGUAUAGUGAUGGUGUAAUUCAUAUUGGAUUAAACACAUGCCAUAAACUUAA